AUGGCGGAUGUUCGUUCCCUUCUCAAAAAUGAACGAGCUGCUCGUCGCAUACAGCAUAAACAUGCUGGUUAUUCAACCGCUGGUGCUCUAAUGUGCCUUGUCUGUCAUUUACAAAUGAAGAGUGAAUCAUUAUGGGAAGGACAUUUACGAUCACCAGGUCAUGUUAUGCGAUUAUCAAAACAAGAGGCAGACCGUGAGCGCAAUGCGAGAGCAGAUACAAAUGGCAGCGAAGAAAUUAAUAGAAAAAGAAAAGCAGACGAUGAGGAUGAGGAUAUAGAUUAUGGGUCAAUGAAAAAGCGCAGUAAAGCUACAACCACUGCAAUGGAAGGAUUUUUUGUGCCAGCUACAGAAACAUCAAAAGAAAGAUCUGAAUCUCCCUCAAAAUCGGCGAUACCCCAUGAUAUGCAAAUUCCUUCUCGUCCCGCAACACCAGCAAAACCAAUCAAGUCGCCGCCUCCGGUCAAACAGGCUACAGUGGAUGAGGAUGAAUGGGCAGCAUUCGAAGCAGAUAUUGCGGCUGCAGAUGUUCCAGCAGAGAUAGGAUCGGAAGCUAUCAUAUCUGCACCUGCAAUGACCACUGCAGAAGUAGAAGCUCGAUCCGCGGAAGAAGAUAAGAAACAUAGGAAGGAAAAGCUAGAAGCAGAGUUGGAGGGGGAUAAAGAAGAUGCCGAGAGGAAACUACAAGAAGAGUUCGAAGAAAUGGAAAGCUUGGAACAGAGGGUCAAACGGUUACGGGAGAAAAGAGAAGCUUUAAGGUCGAAAGAAAGGGAGGCAGGCGCAACGGAAUCAAUGAUAGCUUCAUCCGAAACUCCAGAAGCCAAGGAUGCAUUGGAAGACGAUGACGAAGAAGAAGAUGAUGAUGACGAGGAUGAUUGGGAUGGAUUCAGAUUAAGGUGA